AUGAACUACGUGAUGCCGCUCAUCAUAAUCACAGGCCUUCCCUGCUCAGGCAAAUCGUAUCGUGCCCAGCAAAUCGCUUCGUCGCUGGCCAGCUUCGUCACACCCUCUUCCGCCGACGAACCAUCAAAAACAACAAAAAGGACCGUCCAGAUUGUCCCUUCACAUCACGCAUCAUCCGACGACCACCGAGACCGACUCAGCGACUCGAAAUCCCUAGAAGAAGGAACUACACUCCUCCGAGACCAGAUCUACAAUAGUGCCUCGCUCGAAAAGACCGCGAGGGCGGAAGAAUUCUCCGCGAUCAAGCGCGCCCUUUCAAAGGACAAUGUCGUGAUAGCCGAUGGAUUGAAUUACAUCAAAGGGUACAGAUAUCAGUUGUGGUGCGAGGCCAAAGCCGCGGGGACGAGAUGUUGCGUGGUCCACGUGGCUGCGCAGGAGGAUGAGUGCAAGAGGUGGAAUCGGGAGAGGUUGAGAGCUUGGGGUCGGGCAGAGGUGGAUGAUGAUGAUGGGAACGUCGAUGGGGAUGGGAAAGAGAACGGAAAUGAACAGCAAACGCAGCACAGCCAGGGAGAGAGUGUCCUGGGAGAUCUGGUCCCGGAAAGCCACACUGCCAUCUACGGCGAUCGGAUCGUGGGGAAUGCGAGUAACAGCACCAACACCAUCACCAAGUCACGCUCCUCCUCGAUGGACAACGGGUUGGACAAUGGCGACAACAGCAGAGGUAGUGCAGCAGUGCCUUGGGCUUCAGCUUCAGCAGACGAAACAAUGACUCUCAAGUCGCUAUACAUCCACCACCCAGCGGAUGCAGACCACCCUCCUCCCUCGUCAACAGACCCAAAUCGACCUGCAGGACUAGAUGAUCUCCCACCGUCCCUGUCGACGACUUCUUCCUCGCCCGCUCCCUCGGUUCCAAUACCACUACCACCACCACCGCCGCCGCCAACCUCCUCUCCGCCAUACUCGCCCUCGACUCUCAUCUCCCUCAUGAUGCGCUACGAACCCCCCUCUCCCUUCUCACGCUGGGACACACCCCUGUUCACCGUGCCUUCGUCCGACAUUGCUCCUCCGAUCCAGCAAAUCUGGAACGCCAUCUAUCCCGCGCCGCCGAAACCGACCAGCAAGAAAGCGCUGAGUCAACUUUCUCCAUCCCACCACCAAAGACCUCCCGAUGCAUCUGCGGCCGGCGGGGACGAGAAUGCAAAGCUGCCUGCUGCGUCCUCCUCGACUCCGCGCGACAAGCAGGCCGAAGCGGUGAAACCCCACGCGGCGACGGUCCUCCCUCGCGCCACGGCCUCGGACGCCCUGCAGACCCUCGAGUCCGCCACCAUGGACGUGGUGAGACACGUGCUCGCCCAAUCCCGCCAACAGAACCUGUCCCAGGCAGACGGUGAGGGCGGCGACGUGCACCUCGCCAUCCCCCUUGCAGCACCACCACCAACAACCAGCUCCAGCUCUACUACCAACCCAGCAGCCGAGCCCUUUUCCUCUUCUCCCGAGACGGUGGAAACGACCAUCCACAUCCCGCCGGGCGUCCGCCUCUCGCAGCCCAUGCUCCAGCGUCUGAGGAGGAAAUACACGCAGAUCCAACGCGGAGGCAUCGCGCACGGACAAGGAUACGUCAGGGGACGGAGGCAGAUCAUUCAGGGGUUCAUUGAGUUCCUGGAGGCCGAGUGGGCGGAAGAAUGA